ACAUUUGUAUUAUUAUUGUUAUAUUAUUGAGGAUAAUACGUUACGUGUUGCAGGUGGGUAGAGAGAUAUGUGAUGUGGAGGUUGGUGGUGGCGGUGGCGGUGGUGGCGGCGGACGAGGACUGCAGGCCCAGGCAGAGCGGGCUGCGGGUGGAGGAGGCCCAGCUGCCGGCGGCCGUCCUCAGGUCGGCGCUGUCCGGGGGCGGCCCGGACCCGGGGGCGGUCUUGGCCGCCGACCCCGAGCCGGUGGUGGCCGCCGCCCUCGGCCCCUCCGGCCUCAGGCUCGCCUACCGCCCCCCGGCCCCGGCCCGCCUCAACGCCACCGCCCCCGCCUACCUGGCCAGCCUCAGCCGCAACCACACCUGGACGCCGCCCUUCUGGGACUGCCUCCUCCAGAUAUGGGUCUUCGGCUAUAUAUCGAACCUCACCAGCGCCAGGGGUGCAUCAGGGCUCUACUACCCCCUGGAUAGAGUGGAUCUCAAUCGAUGUGAUGAUGAAGUUGCGUCUAUGUUUCCAUCCAAGAGAUGUGAUACCCUCUCUACCAAAUGUGUGCCAUUGAGGACAGGAGGGAACAGGAAAGGAUUUGAGUGUCAAUGCCUACCUGGCUACAUGGCCCCUCAGAUUCUGAAUUACUCCAGGGAAAACUACGACCUGGACAUGGUCGAAGAGCUUAUAAAGUGCAUUCCAAACUGCGGAUAUGAAACAAAUUGCUCAGAACAACCACAUUUGUUCUUAAAGACUAUUGUGAUUUGCGUACAAAUAACUGCUAUGGGCAUAACUGUUGCUACAGGAAUUUUAAUUUUUAAUAGAAGAAAAUGCAAGGCAGUCGCUACAGGAAUGUGGACAAUAUUAGAAACUCUUCUUUUUGGUAUAUUAUUACUUUAUGCAUCAAUGUUACCUCUCUCAUUUAAGCCAACAGUUCAAAACUGCAUAAUAAUGAGGUGGAUAAGAGAAUUAGGAUUCAUUAUUUGUUAUGGUGCUAUUAUACUUAAACUUUACAGGAUACUUAUGGAAUUCAGAACUCGGAAAGCGCACCGAUGGAUAGUAAAAGAUAAGGACCUGCUCAAAUAUUUAGGUGGUAUGGUACUGAUAAUGUUUGCAUAUCUAUCUGCAUGGACUGCAACAAAUCUGAAUUUCAUUAAAGAAGGAUUUAGUAUAGUCACAAUAAGUGUAACGAAUUCAGGAGAAUAUUUUGAAACUUGUAAACCAUUAUGGUGGGAUUAUGUCACACAAGUAGGUGAAAUAGUGAUCCUACUAUUCGGCCUACAUCUAGGCAUUGCAGCAAGGAAUGCUACAGUUCAAUUUGUGGAAUUAAGGUACUUGGUGGGAGCUGUGGCAAUGGAAACGACUAUUCUAUACCAGAGUAAACCAGUGCGGGAUUCGAGACAUCACUUAACCCAUGAACCAUCUGAUGUAUAUAAACCCCAGGAUGGUAUAUAUGGCGAAAUAGACAUAACAGAGGUUAAUCUUUCUGAAAUGAAUCCUGAAGAAAUAAGGGCAGAAUUAAAAAGACUAUACACACAAUUAGAAGUGCUAAGAAACAAAUCAAUUUGCCAAAAUAAUCCACAUAUUUCUAAAAGGAGGGGAGGACGGAAAGUAGCUCAUCGAAGAUUUUCAUUACAGAAAAAAGGCAGCAGAGAAAAGGCUUUACAGCAAAAGAAGAAAGCUUUAGAGAAACCACAAAACUCUGAAGUUGAACCAGGAGAUCAAGAGGUUUCCCGAACACCUGAAGAUUCUGUAUGCAGUAUGGAGGGUCCAAGUGCCAUUUACAAUGAUGGUCCAUCUACUUAUAGUGAAUUAGGUGGUUUUGGUACACCUGGCUCAUCACGAAAAAAUUAAUUGAAGUGAUUUAUUGAAUAGUGAUUUGGUUGAACCAGCCGCAAAACAAUAUUAUUUUUUAAGUGUGAACAAUUAAGUGAUGAGCUUUGUGUAGGUGAUACCAAUUUUAAGCUUAACAAAAUUUAGAACUUAAAACUUGAGUCAGGAGAGUUAUUUGUAUCAUUCUUGUUAUUAAAUGUGCUUGAUUAUAAAAUAUUUCAAAAUGUGGGUCAUUUACCAUUGAUUGUUAAUUCCCUAAUAUUGUUAAUAUUACCUAUUAUAUGACAAGAUUAAAAGUAAACUUGUCUGAUUACAGAAAAUGUUAUUAUAAUGUAUUUGGUUAAUUAUUUAUUGUAACUGCAAACAUUUUCAAACAAUUAGUAAUUUUAUUUAUAUUUCCUAUUUCCAAAACAUGUAAGAAUGACUGUAUGAGAUUAUCUAUGAAAAUAGUGAUUUAUUGAAAAAUACACACUCUAAAAUGUUGAUAGUUCACAAAAACUUUCUGAGAUUUCACUAGGAAAAGUAGCAUUUCAUCUGGGAAACACUGAUUGAAAGAAUGUAAGUUGUAAAAGAUAUGAUUAUACGUAUCAUAUAUAUCUCAUCAUUAUAUAAAAACGACAAUCAGUUUAACAUUGGUGGCCGCUAACCAUGAAAACUACAAGACCAGUUUACAUACGUUGUUUUGCUAACUUGUCUGAUUUGUACUGUGAAAGUUUUAAGGUAUUGAUCCUCUAGAGACUAGUAAAGUAUGGACCACAAAUGAAAUCUAGCCAAAAAAAAAGUCAUAAUUGUAAUCAGUCCUAAAUACUUCAGGUUCAUGUUUACUUUGUCU